UUAGGACCGUCAGGGGCUGGGAAGAUAAGGACCUUCUGCUCAGUGGCAGCAUCCGGAAAACCAGAUCAAAGCACAGCUUUCAAAACCUGUGCACAUGAAGGUUUUAUAUUGAUCUGAGAUAGCCCGCUGCCUCUGUAGAGACGUCUGUGGAGAGUGAGGAGACAGAUUUGCAGGGUAAGUUACCUGCCAACAUGCUCCAUUUGCAGAGUUCACAGAUGCUACGGAUGCUGCAAAAAUCCUUAGCACAGAGCCUCCCUGAAUCCUUAAAGGUUUAUGGGACCAUAUUCCAUAUGAACCAGGGAAAUCUCUUCAAUGUGAAGGCUCUGGUGGACAAAUGGCCUGAUUAUAAUACAGUCAUUGUCUGUCCUCAGGAGCAGGAGAUGACGGAUGACCUUGAUCACUACAGCAACAACUACCAGAUCUUCUCCAAGGAUCCCCAGAGCUGCCAGGAGGUCCUUGGGAAGUCGGAGAUCAUCAACUGGAAGCAGCAUUUGCAGAUCCAAAGUACACAGUCAAGCCUGGAUAAGGUGAUACAAAGUCUCGCAGCUGCUAACUUGGUCAAGGUCAAGAGAGCAGAGUGCCUUCUCUACAUGUGGCCAAAGACGGCAAAGAAACUGGUGCCAUCCUUGCUGGCUGCGCAGAACUUAGGUCCUGCCUCAGCGACACCUCAGGUCACUAAUCAAGAGAUGUUUAAAUUCUCCUCCCUGGAGGUUACCCACGCCGCCUUGGUGAAUAAGUUGUGGCAUUUCGGUGGUAAUGAGAGGAGCCAGAGAUUCAUCGAGCGCUGUAUCCGGAACUUCCCCAGCCUCUGUCUGCUAGGACAUGAGGGGACCCCCGUGUCCUGGGCCCUGAUGGACCACACUGGAGAGAUGCGAAUGGGAGGCACUGUGCCUGAGUACCAGGGCCUGGGCCUCGCAUCUUAUGUCAUAUUCACCCUUUCUGAGGCUCUAGUGGAACGUGAAUUCCCUGUGUAUAGCCACACAGACAAAACUAACAAAGCCAUGCAGAAAGCAAAUCGCAAGCUGGAUCAGGUCACCAUGCCCUGCAACUGGAACCAGUGGAACUGCAUGCCCCUCUGAAGUGUGUCCUCAACACUGGGAAGGCACUGAGUGGUCAGUGGGACUGCCGUGUUGCUGCACCCAAAUUAUACUGCUGGUAAUUUCUCUUGCUGUGCAAAAUCUUUUUAAUAGGAUAAAAUCCCAGUUGUUGAUCAUUGUAUUAUUUCCUGUG